ACACAGCUGCUGUCGCGUUGGCAAUCUCCUUCUUCCUCCAGGUCAAGACCGGCUACUCGUUUUCACACACACAUUCUCUGUUUUUUGUCGUUUUGUCCCGGUCGUGGCCGUCUGCUGAGAGAAAUGGGCCGCUGGUGGACGUUAGCGUUGGCCUGCUUGGCCGUUGCGGCCGUCCGAGCCGAAGAUGAAGAGGCCUCGGCGCGCCUGCUCGCUUCCAAACACAUUCUCAACCGCUACCUGGUCGAGGACAUGGACCUGGUGGUCAAGUACACCCUGUACAACGUGGGCCAGGCGGCUGCCCUCGACGUCCACAUCGACGACUUCUCUUUCCCCCAGGAAAUGUUCCAGGUUGUUGGAGGUCAACUUCAUGUGAAACUGGACAGAGUGCCCCCUCAAACAAAUGUUAGCCACACAGUUGUUCUGCGCCCUCGAAGGUACGGCUACUUCAAUUUUACCGCCGCUGAGGUUCGCUACAAGUCCUCUGAAGAUGCUCCUCAGGUCCAGGUUGCUGUGACAAGUGAGCCUGGAGAGGGAGCCAUUGUUGCUUUCAAGGACUACGACAGGAAAUUCUCUCCUCAUGUGUUGGACUGGGGCGCCUUUGCCAUCAUGACUCUGCCGUCUCUUGGAAUCCCAUUCCUGUUGUGGUUCUCCAGCAAGUCGAAAUACGAGGCUCUCGCCAAGGGAAAGCGUAAGCGGGAUGAGUGAAUCUUUUUGCCAAUAAAUCCUUCUCUUUUUUUGUUUUCUACAUGA